AUGGUCCCACCUGUUUAUAUUGUUUCUACUGCUAGAACUCCAAUUGGUUCAUUUCAAGGUACAUUAUCAUCUUUAACUUAUUCAGAUUUAGGUGCUCAUGCUGUCAAAGCUGCUUUGAACAAAGUCCCUCAAAUCAAACCAGAAGAUGUUGAUGAAAUUGUAUUUGGUGGUGUUUUACAAGCCAAUGUUGGUCAAGCUCCAGCUAGACAAGUUGCCUUGAAGGCAGGUUUAACUGAUAAAAUUGUUGCCAGUACUGUUAACAAAGUUUGUGCUUCUGGUUUGAAAGCUAUUAUAAUUGGUGCUCAAAACAUUAUUUGUGGCACUAGUGAUAUUGUUGUUGUUGGUGGUGCUGAAUCCAUGACCAACACGCCAUACUACUUGCCAACUGCUAGAAAUGGUGCUAGAUUUGGUGAUUCCACUUUAAUUGAUGGUAUUCAAAAAGAUGGUUUGUUGGAUGUUUACGAACAAAAAUUAAUGGGUGUUGCCGCUGAAAAAUGUGCUGCUGACCAUGGAUUCACCAGAGAACAACAAGAUGAAUUUGCUAUCAAAUCAUAUCAAAAAGCUGGUAAUGCAUUAAAGCAAGGUAAAUUCAACCAAGAAAUCGCUCCAGUUACUAUUAAAGGUGUUAGAGGUAAACCAGAUGUUGUUGUUGAAAAAGAUGAAGAAAUUGAAAAAUUCAAUGAAGCCAAACUUAAGUCAGCUAGAGCCGUUUUCCAAAAAGAAAAUGGUACUGUUACUGGUCCAAAUGCUUCUAAGAUUAAUGAUGGUGCUGCUGCAUUGAUUUUAGUUUCUGAAGCAAAAUUGAAAGAAUUGGGUUUAAAACCUUUAGCUAAAAUCAAUGGUUGGGGUGAAGCCGCCAGAAAUCCAAUUGAUUUCACAAUUGCUCCAGCUUUAGCUGUUCCAAAAGCUGUCAAGCACGCUGGUUUGACUCUUGAUCAAGUUGAUUUCUUUGAAUUGAAUGAAGCCUUUUCCGUUGUUGGUUUAGCCAAUGCUGAAAUAUGUCAAAUUCCAUUAGAAAAAUUGAAUGCUUAUGGUGGUGCUGUUGCCUUGGGUCAUCCUCUUGGUUGUUCUGGUGCAAGAAUUGUUGUCACUUUAUUGUCUGUCUUGAUUCAAGAAGGUGGUAAAAUUGGUUGUGCUGGUGUUUGUAACGGUGGUGGUGGUGCCUCAUCUAUUGUUAUUGAAAAAGUCGAUAGUGACUUUAAAUUGUAA